UUCAGAUUUGCAACACGUGAUAUGGUCCCUGAACGCACCGUUGAAACGAAGUGAAACCGAUACGUUAGCCUGCAGUAGCUCCCCCUCCAACCUGAGAAGUUUCCAGGUCCAACCGGCAUCUUCUUUCUAGAAGCUCCUCUCAGACCGAGGACAACCUCGUGUCUUUAAACCGGCAGAACGACAUUAGAGCUCAGAGUAAUGUUAGCGUUAGCUGGGCUAACUGGCAAACCUGUAGUCGCUUUCAAAUCAAACUGCGUGUUUUGAAGAGUAGGAAUCCCCACUGUCAGAUCAACCAGCCGUUUUAAAGUCUAGAAAUGCCUCAGAAACAGAAACCCAAGUCUUGGACAGAACUAAAGCAAGCAGGAAAUGAAUGUUUCAAGACGGGCCAGUACGGAGACGCCACCAGCCUGUACAGCCAGGCCAUCAGGGAACUAGAGAAGUCCAAUAAAAAGAACCCUGAAGAUUUGGCCAUCCUGUACUCCAACCGAGCCGCCAGCUACCUGAAGGACGGGAACUGUUCAGAAUGUGUCAAAGACUGCGACACGUCUCUGGAGUUGUUCCCGUUCAACGUGAAGUCUCUGCUCCGACGCGCUGCAGCCUGCGAAGCCUUGGAGCGCUACAGACACGCUUACAUCGACUACAAAACCGCCCUGCAGAUCGACUGCAACAUAGCAGCAGCUCAUGACGGCACCAACAGAAUGACUAAAGCGCUAACAGAGGCAGACGGUCCGUCAUGGAGGGAGAAACUUCCUCCCAUCCCCACCGUUCCUCUGUCGGUGAGGGAGAAGCUCGCCCAGCGGGCUGCAGGCGGCGCGCCGCAGCAGAACCUGGCGCCCCAGCAGAACCUGGCGCCCCAGCAGAACCUGGCGCGGCAGCAGAACCCGGCGCGGCAGCAGAUCCCACCGCAGCAGCAGAACGGCAUCAAGAAAACAGACAAACCCGCACCAAGUGACAAAGACAUGAAGAAAGCUCAGGCUCUGAAGGAAGAAGGCAACAGUCUGGUGAAGAAAGCGGAGCAUAAAAAGGCCAUAGAGAAAUACAGCCAGAGCCUGAAACUGAACCCCAACGAGAUCACAACCUACACCAACCGGGCGCUGUGCUACCUGUCGGUGAAGCAGUACAGAGACGCCGUCAGGGACUGCAGCGAGGCGCUCAGGAUGGACGGCGGCAACGUGAAGGCGCUCUACCGGAGGGCGCAGGCUCACAAGGAGCUCAAGGACCUGAAGGCCUGUGUGGACGACCUGAACGUCCUCCUGAAGGUGGAGCCAAAGAACACGGCCGCGCUCAAGCUGCUGCAGGAGGCGCAGAAGAAGAAGUGAGACGGAGUCCGGACCGGCGCCGGGAUCCGCUCGUCUGACCCGCUCGUCUGACCCGCUUACUCCCGGCAGAAUAAAGCCGGGUUUGAAUCAGAACCCUUCAGUUUGACCCGACCGAUCUGCAGCUGUUCGUAGUUUGAUUGUAACAGUCAGCCUCUGAUUCAGUAUUUAUGUUUAUUUAUAUCAGCUGCAGUUUUUCCCUCUCCUCUCCAGCCUGGAUGUUUUUCAUUUCUGACAUAAAGUUCAGCCCUGAGCUCAAAGAGCGAAUAUUCAAUCCACCGCAGAGAUGAAACAUCUUUUUACUCAGCAGCUAAUGAGCAAAACGCUUUUCCAUUCUUUUUUAGCCAGUUUAUUCCACUGAAUAAAUUCCCAAACCUGUUAAUAAAAUACUCCAAACGCUCCGUUCUGGUACCAAAUGGCAUGAAACCGGUUCUGUCGUGUGUUUACAUGUUUCUGUCAGUGAGUGGAUCAGAGACGAUGAGUCAGCAGAAAUUAUGGACCCAGAUGUAAAUGAGCCAGCAGUAAAGCAGAUCUGACAUAAUGGAGUUGUAUUUUUCAGGUCAGAGGUCAGAGGUCACUGACCAGCUGUGGAUCUGACCUGGAGUCGUUUCUCCGUCCGUCUGGGAUUUUUCCUCUGAUCCUGGAAGGAAAGGCAGUGAAAAGAUUUCAUCCCUUAUGCCUCUUACAUUAUGAGUAACUUUUCAAAGUUAACAUCCAUCAGGAGGAAACGAAGUCAGACGGUUAUUGGAGUUCACUGGCUGCUCUUCUCCAGACCAUCACCCAUUUCAAAAAGCCGAGUUUCAGAUUCUGAUUUUGGCUGAUCGAUUUUUUCUCUAAAUAUAUCAACAUAGUUGGCAGCAGUGUGGUGACGGUUGUUACGGUGACGGUUGUUACUCUGCUGUCAGCAGACUAAAGGCGGCGGCGGCUGAUUUCUAGACCUGUGCUGAGGUAAAAUGUCGAUGGAUCCAGUUGGAUCGGCCGACUCAGAAACUCUGUGCCGAUUUGUCGGUUCUUCCCUGAGGAUCCCUGAAUUAGUUCAUGAAGUCGUCUUUAUCUGCUUCAGAAUAAAAAACAGUCUUGAAAUGUUUUUCCAAGCUGCCAGGUUUGAAGAUGAAACCUGUAAUCAGGAUUUCUCUGAACCCCAAAGAUAAAAUACAGAUUUUAAACUAUAAAGUUUUAGGAGAAAACGGAAAAGAAAAUGAAUAAAAUAAAAAAAUAAGGCAGAUUGGUUGUGAUGAUGAUGAUGAUGAUGAUGAGGAUGAUGAGGAUGAUGAUGAAACUUCAGGAUCUUUUCCAUGUUUUGCUCUGAGGUUAUUUUCUUUCUUUUCUUUUGGUCUCCAGUUUUGGUUUGAUUAUCACGGGAGGAUGUUGAUCUUUCAACAUUUAAGUUCAGGAAGUUCCUCAUUUGUUUUAGUUUUGUUUUUGUAACGUUUGAUUAAACAUUGUUCUAAACUAGAUACUAUAUCAACACAUUUGUUUGCUUGUGUAGAAUGGCUUCAUGUCUCUGAAGGAUCGGGACGUUUAAAACUCUGAACAUUAGGAAUGUUUCCUUUCCAUCCAUCUUGCCUGAAGUGCCUGCCUUUGUCAUUCAUCUGCUGCUUUGGAUUAGUGUAUGCAAAAUAAAAAUGAUUUUAAAAGAUAA